AUGGAUUGGCACCGAUUCCAUACGUCGGCAAGCAUUGCCUUACUUCGAACAUUACUAAUUUGUAUCAAUAUUAUUUUUGUGAUUAGUGGUGGCAUACUCUUUAUGCUUGGCAUUCUUUUACGAAGUCAACUUGCAAUAUUUCUUGAUAUAACACCGGAAAUGAGCUCAUCGGCUCCGUAUAUUUUGAUCGGUCUUGGUUUAAUAAUUUUCUUCAUUGCACUAUUUGCAUUUUGGUGUACAAUUAAAGGGCGUGUGGCGAUGUUAUAUAUUUAUGCUGUCGUUGUUUUCCUUAUAUUCGCAGCGGAAAUAUUUUUGGCAGUAGCAGUUUUAAUGAAGCAACAAACAUACGAGGAAACAUUUAAAACAAGUUUAGGUAAUAUCAUCCGACAAUAUCCUAAUGAACCUACGGCUACACAUGUUAAUCGUCUUCAAAUUGCCUUAUCGUGUUGUGGUAUUGAUUCAUAUACAGAUUGGUUUCAAACAACGUAUGGGUCUGAACUUCGACAAGUACCAGAAUCAUGCUGCAAGAAGUCAUUGAAUCAUUCAUGUGCACGAACAGAUCUAAAAAAAGAAUAUCUACCUGCUGAUAUAAACUCAAAAGGAUGUUAUGAAACUGUCAAAGUAGCAAUUAAAAAUAAUUACCCAGUUUUUGGUGCAAUCAUAAUUGCUAUAGCGUUAUUUCCUUUAAUUGGAGCUAUUCUUGCUUGUUGUCUAGGAAGACAAAUGAGCAAACAACGAUAUGAACAAGUGGAUUAA